UUUUUUUCGGAGCAUGAAGUACAAUAUAGGCUAUCACUGGCAGAAUCAGUCAUAAGACAUCCCAAAUAAGAUUGCGCCAAAUCGACUUGACUAAAAUUCAUCAAAAAUCAAUAUUAAUCGCGUCGCGGCCGGGUGUCGCCUUGUCGGGCCGGACAGUAAAAAAAAAAAAUAAUAAAUACUACCAGACAAGAUGAUGAUGAAAGUAAACUUAUGAAUCUUUUCCUUGUCAUUUUUUUUCGCAUCCAGGUCAACUUGGUGAACGGCCAGCCGCCAGCAGGACCGGUUGAAGCGACAGGCAAGUGGUUCGGUCGAGGCUAUUAAUUACAUCAGCAUCCGUCGUGGCAUCCAGAUCGCUCAACUGUCUUUCCUCUUUCCCCAACCAUCACGGUGAUGAGCAGCGUUUUCGUUCCAGUUCGCGUCGUUUCUCUCCUUAAAAGUCUUGUCAACGUUAUUUCCACUAUAUCUAUCUCAAAUCAGUAUUUGCUGAAACAAAGGGCCACAGCAGAGGACCAGGAGCCGCAAGAACCACCAGCGUCAUGGGUGUCGUUGGACUGGGAAUGGUGGAAGAGUGGUGACCGGUGGUACUGGAAUUUAGGGAGGCCAGAGACGGGUAUUCUUCACUCUAGAGCCUUUCAGUGGUCAUGGAAUUCUUUCACUUUGCCUUUGCUGCCGGAACUACGGACCAACCAAUCCUAUGAACCAGCUCAGAUGCCUCCGUCACGAAAAUUUCCUCCGGACCCCCCACCGGAAUCGGACGCGCUUUCCCGGGACACCAUUCACCAGCUAAUACGGAAUCCAACGCUGUACAAUCCCCUCAGAACUCCCCGAUAUCCCAUUGUUCUGUGCCAUGGUCUCUACGGUUUUGACGAACGUGGUCUAUCCUCCUUUCCCAGUAUGCGCAUGCAGUAUUGGUCAAAUGUUCUUCGAAUACUUCGGCGAACUGUUGGUGCAGAGGUCAUAGUCACUGCUGUGCCAAGCACCGGGUCAAUAGCUUCUCGCGCAGAAAGUCUAGACCGACAGCUAUGCGACAAGGUUCUGGGCCGUGGCAUCAACUUGCUUGCACACUCAAUGGGUGGUUUAGACUGCAGACAUCUUAUUACGCACGUCAAGCCGUCUGAAUAUACGCCUCUAUCGUUGACGACAGUGAGCACUCCACAUCGUGGUAGUCCAUUCAUGGAUUGGUGCGCAGAGAAUAUUGGCAUUGGAAGAUUGAUACAGCGCGAAGGGGAGCGUCUUGCGAAGACCAUCGAGCCUGCCGUACUGCCCGCGCCGCCAGAAGCCAGGGGCGCCAAACCGAACUCCAACCCUUUUUACUCGCUUUCUUUCUCCUCCCUCCCGUCAUCCUUCACCACGCUCCUUAUAUCUAUUCUGGAUUCUCCCGCAUAUUCGAACCUUACUUCAACGUAUCUCAAUACCGUGUUCAACCCGAGUACACCAAACAGUCCUGCAGUAAAGUACUUUAGUGUCGCUGGGCGGAUGCCGAACGUGAACCUCUGGCAUCCAUUCUGGUUACCCAAGAUGGUUCUAGAUGGCGUAGAAAAGAAGGAGAGAGAACGGCUGCGAGACGUCGGAGAGAACAUAUGCUCUCAGCUCGAAGAAUGGGGCCAUGAUGGCUUGGUUACAGUGCAAAGUGCAAAGUGGGGGGAAUUCCUGGGGGUCAUGGAGGGCGUAGAUCAUUGGGAGAUCCGAGGGGCUAGAGGAUUAGAUAUCGGCGGCGAUUUUUUCAGUUCCGAUGAAGGGGAAGAAGAGGGCCAGAGCAGGGACUGGGCAUGGCUAGCGAAGGCAUCUAGGAAGGAGAAGGCGGAUUUGCGAGUGGAGUCGGAGAAAACGCUCAAGACUAAGAUUACACGACAGCAGGAGAGGGAUUUGGAGCGGCAGAGGGAUGACGACGUUGUCAAAGCAUCCACGGACAAGCUUUCGGCGGUGUUUGACUGGAUUGUAGAGCAGGUACCAACUCCUUCGCCGUUGCUGAAGAAGGAUUGUGGCAGCGAGGUUUUGGAGAAGAAGGAGGUAAAGAUGCGGAAUGAUUUGGCGACCAAGAAGGAUCUGGAGAGGUUUUAUGUGGCGUUAUCGAGGAAGAUGUACGAUGAGGGACUGUGAAGUGAACAAGCUGAGUAGUAAUACAUAUCCGGCAAAUUAGUGCGUAAUAUCAUUUAAUGCGCAGUGAUGUAUCAAGCAUUCCCGAGUUAUAAACCAAACUAGAGGAGACAAUUAUGGUGGCUAUCAAUGCUAGAAAAGAGAGUUGGCGGCAUAUAUCCUAAAGUCAAGCCUAUUCCUCAGGUUCAAUGGUCGCUGAUUGCCGAUCAAGAUCUUAUCAAGUUGU